CGGUUGGGUAACCGGUGGUGCUGUAACACUUUUUUUUAUUUUCAAUAUUUAAAGCGUUUUUUUUUUAUUUUAGCAGGUCAGGCCCACUGAGGUAUACAGCUCUCUUUCAGAAGCGUCCUGGCGAUCGCACGAAGUGGAUUAUUGUCAUGUGGAAAUGUAUAGCAACAGCCAAUCACUCUCCACGCGCAAUGUUGAUUCUACGGGAAGAGGAACACGCAAACACCAAAUAUACAGCAGCAGCAGGCGCCAAGGUCGGGGUCGAACCCACGACCUCCCGCGUACCAGAACGCACAUCCCUGGCCGCUCUGUUGGAAGAUGAGAUAUUUGUGGAAUUUUUCAACAUAUUUCUCAACCUCCCGGUGUUUGGGCAGAGGGCGUUUUACCUGCCGGGAGAACGCACCUGGGUGUUCCAGCCCAAGCUGCCAUCUCACCUGGAGCUGAGCGCCGCCGGGCUGCAGCGGUGGCUGCAGCGAGAGCGACUUCCCCUGUUCGUGCGCUCGGAGCUCAGCGUGGAGAUGGCGCUGUGCAAGGAGAUACUGGCGGCUCCGCUCGCCUACACCGCCGACCCCACAGAGGUGAAGGCGGAACGCAGUCGCCUCCACUCGUGCGUGGGCAGCCCGCGGGGCAUGGCUCACCUGCGGGCUCACCUGAGGCACACGCAGGGAGGAGAGAUGCUGGAGUUCUGGGCGGUGGUGGAGAGGCUGCGCCGGGCGGAGGAGGCCGAGGGGUCGCGGGGUCCCCGCUACCACCGCCUCCUGAGGGCCCUGGCGGCGCGACACCUCCGGGAGCCGUCGUCCGUGCUGCGAAGCUGCGUGCCCGGGCCCAGCGGCACGGCGCCGCGCGACCGCGCCCGGCUGCUGCGGGCGGCGCAGGGCGAAGCGCUGGCGCAGCUGCGUGGCUACUGGGUGCCGCGGCUGCUCCGCCACGAGCGGUGGCGACGGGAGUGGCGCGCGAGCCUCGCUCCCGGCUCGGUCGACGGCGACGGUGGCGAUGACGCGGCGACCCCUGGAAGCCGGGGUCACGAUGAUCGCGGGUCGUCCUCGACUGCAGCUGAUCGGCCUCCGUCGUGCGUUCACCACCACCACGACUGCCACCACGGCCACCACGGCCACCACUACCAACACCAAAGCUGCAAGGACCUCGGCAACUACCGUGCCUACGACUACGACCACCCAAACUCACCGAAGGGACUGCGCGACGGCGGUUGUCGCUUUUCCUGGGGUGAGGCGAUGAGGACGUCUAACACAGCAAGGGGGUCCAAGCGGCACGGAUCGAACCCCUGGAGGUCGGGAGGACCUCGCCGAUGGCCGGACCCCUCUCCAGCGGCCAGACGGAUAGGAUGGGAGAUCCUACGUCCUGAGAUGGGGGGCCAGCCCCCCGAAACGGAAGCCCUACGAUCCGCCCUGGCCUGCGACCACUUUGCAGGGGGUCCCCUCCUGGCGUUUCUGGAGGCGCGGGGCCACGGAGAGCCCCCGCGGCUUCUCUUCUGGCAGGAGGCGGAGGGGUUCGCGCGCCUUGCCACGCGUGAUCCUGGCUGCGACCCCUCCCUUCACGAGCUGCUCUCGCAGGCCGCCGAGCGUGUCUGGAGGUCUGGGCUCGCGUGCGGGGUCACCCUGACCCGGGGUCAGGUCGGGGUCGCGUCGCCACCGCCGCCGCCACCCGCCGUUCCGCCCCACACGCUUGGUCCGGCCCUGGCGGGAGAGGCGUCCGUCGUGUCUCCACCCCGACGUCUCCUCUCCUCGCUGCUCGGAGCGACGCUGGGGGCGGCCGUGUCGCUCCGACUCGCGGACGCGCAGAGACGCGUGGGUCAGGAGCUGGGGCCGGCAUUGGCCGAAUUUGUGGACCGAGACAUCGCGCUGUUUGUGAAGACAGCGGCAAAGGUCAAGUGUGACCCCUGUACCCCACGAGAGGUCACGGAGGCGGCUGAUCCCAGCCCGGAGGACGAGUGGCGACGGCGUGCGUCGGAGGCCGAGGGCCUUGCCUGGACCUUCUCGGGCCCGGUGAGCGAGGAGCCGGACGCGGGCAGCUGGGAGGGAGAUCCCUGGCACCGGAUGGGGAGAGCGGAGGGGGCGGCUGAACUCCCCCCAAGAGAAGGGGAUGACGGUAAAGGGUCACCACCAUCAGGGGAGUCAUUCCGGUUAAUUCAAUUAUUUCUUAAAAAUCCACUCUUUUCCCAUUUUCUGUCUCAUUUUCCAGAAUGUACAGGCGGACACACGCAGCAAGGAUUCCCGACACGUGCGCGCGUUUGUCCUCGGAGUUAUUUAAUUGGCAGCAAUGACGAUGGCGGGCGCUCCAAGCGGCACAACGAGACGACGUCGCACGGCGCACGUGGCGCGUUGUGACGUCGCGCGAUGACGUCAUCGCUCUAGCCGGCUGAGAGAUCAUUCGUAGGGCACUAGCUGGUUUUCAUUGCCACGUUUUGGGGUAACCACUUCAUCAAUUUGGCCACUUUUCUCCAUUGUCAGUCCCCAAUAGGAACACAACUCGAUACUAAAAUGUUGCUUAAAAUACUGGAUUGUGUUGACGAGCGUUACCGUAUCUGCCCAGCAGACCAGAGAGAAGGCAUUGAUGCUUUCAACCUUAGAUUGCAAAAUGUCAAAAAGACGAAU